GACCAUGAUGGUGUUUCGUCUUCUUUCAAUCCUCCUCCUUUUGAUGGGGGUUCCAGAAUUGACCCUCGCCAAUACCCUGCCUCGUCAUUCCCAGAAAGAGUCUAUGCCUGUAAUCCUAGAAAUCCACGAUUCUUCAGGUAGAUAUAGGCGAAGCUUAGACGACACACCUCCUGAAAACCUACACGUCAAAAUAACGACAAACUCAGACGUAACGUCUUUAUACGUGCGACGUAAGCGACGCCACGUGACGCAGCCCAAAAUUUACAGCGCCACCAAGAAUGGGUUUAUUCAGGAGGAAACCGUACAAACAGGGAAGAGUAUAUUCUACGUAAACAACACAGAUAAGACUGCCAUCACGCUCACUUGGAAUAAUAUGACGUCACAGAAAUUUUACGGAAGUUUCGUCAAAGACGGCCAUUCUCAUUUAAUAGAACCGGCCACGGUGACCGGAGACACGCCCGCGGGGGAGAUAGGCCCCCACGUAGUCAGUAGGGUAGAACUCGUGGUGGAUUACUUCCGCGACGCCGUGGUCAUUCAAGACAGCGAAGAUUCGCCAUUAAAAGAGGAUAGUCAAAGAAUUAGUCGCGAACGACGUCACACAAGACGGAACCAGAAAGCCAAUCGAAAACGUCAUUUGACCCGACCACGUCGUCAGGUGAUCAAAAACAAAUUGUAUGUGGAGUAUGGUAUAGUAGCUGACUACAAGAAUUACCAAAGAUGGUUGUCUACAACAAACCAAAGCUUACCAGACUCAGAGAGAGAUUACGUCACGAAGACCCGGAUGGUGGAGUUUUAUGAUCAUGUAGUCAACUCGAUUGAUGCUAUAUUCAAAUCAGCCGACAGUGAGAGGUACAGCUUCAACAUCAUCAUGUCCGGUAUCGUCAUCUUUAACGAAACAAACAGUCCACCCUGGACCCACCGCCACUCACUGUGCCCCGGAUGUGACAUUGUGGAUGACUACGAGGUUCUCCGACAGUUUUCUGAUUGGUCCAAACAAUUCUUACAGAACAUCAUACCUCACGACCACGCCGCCCUUUUUACCGGGUUCGACUUAUACUACAGAGAUCUAGACUCUCCGAAAACGAUAGGAUUAUCGUUCCUGAGUCGAAUGUGCGGGAAUUGGUCAGUGUCCGUGGUAGAGGAGAAAGUGAACGCCCUCACCGUCCAUGUGGCAGCCCAUGAACUCGGACACAAUUUUGGAGCGUCACAUGACGGAAGUCUAAAUGCAGAAAUGUGCUCAGCCACAAAUCUAAAUUUAAUGGCAUCCAAAAUGUCACGUGUUACAGACCCAGCAAAAGCAAGGAAUCCCUGGACAUUUUCUGCAUGCUCACUCCAGAGUAUUUACGAUUACGUCGACAAAAUAACAAGGGAGCGAAGAAAUUGUUUGUUGGGAGUUCCUCCGUUACAGAACCGCCAUUUCCUUCCCCAGCCUGGACUGGUUUACACAGCAGACGAACAGUGUCAAAGUUCUUACGGCAACCAGUCACGUGUUUGUAGGAAUUAUCACCAUGGUGACUGGAAGUCGAUGUGUUAUGGACUGGCUUGUUUGGUGCCAGAAAAAUCAGAAUGUCACGUGAUCUUCCCUCAUGACGGCACGCCAUGUGGAUAUCAAAAGUGGUGCAUACAGGGACUUUGUGUCGACAGCUCUAAAGCUAAAAAGGUGUCUGAUGCUUGUCCUCUUGGCGAUGACCCAUUCCUCACCUGCGUGGCAUCUGAUUGUAAUCCAAGAAGUGGGAGGCAUGGCGAUUGUUGUCAGUACUGUCAAAAGUCUAAAACAACAACAACAACAAUGGAAAAACAAACUAGUGCUGGGCCUUCAACUACUAAGACUGUGACAAGUCAUAUCUCAACAACUUUGUCCUCAACAACUGAAUAUAAAAUUAAAACUACAGUAAGGAAUGUCUCAUUAAAAUCAACAAUUCAACCAGACAACUCGAGUCUGCACCCAACAUCUCAAACAGACAACUCUAGUAUUUUGUCAACAUCUCAACCACACUUCAGUCAAUCUUCAACAUCUCAAACAGUCAACUCAAGUCUGCUGUCAACAACACAACCAGAUAACUUAGAUUCCACCACACUGGUCUCUCACUCAUCGAGUCCUACACAUGAUGAGCAGACGACUGCGUCAUCAAACAUUACAGGCAGUACCGUACAUACUACAGAUGUUAAAACACAUACAACCAUACAGCCAUCUAGUCAAAGACUCGUUUUCACUUCCAAUAUGGAGGCAUCUAUUGGUGUGUUUCUGUCUCUGGUUGUUUUACUGUGAUUUCAUAAUUAACAUAAUUUAAGAUUCAUUAUUUCUGUGUUAUUAUCAUUUCUUUCUGACGUCAUCAGUUGCUGAGUUUACCUAAGCAUUUGUUGUGUAAAUGCCAUUUUGAACAUCUCUGCCUUUUUUUUUUUUUUUUUUUUUUUUUUGAUCUCGAUGAAUGCAGACCCCGGUGAAGCUUUAAAGAGUUUCAAA